CAUUCAGCAAGAGAUGUCGCUCAACCAUGCGUUUCAGUCACUCAAACGAGGACAUCAAGAAUUCAGGUUGCAGCCAAUGUGGGAGCGCCAAAGGCGACCGCUGCUCCAUUCCUCUAGUUCUGCGCUGGGAAACUUGAAUUUUCUGUUGUUCUUCUGCGCUUUUCUUGCAGAGCUUCGAAUAAGCUGUGCAUCUCAGGUUGCAAAUGUAUUCUUUGAAGAUGUUGACACAAAGCCCACUGUGCGUUUGAACCAUUCAGAGCACUUCCGAGAAACACCACAAGGUGAUGAAGUGAGGAGACUAAGCAGUGGUUUGGCAUCUGUCACCAGCAUCUCGUUCACAGACACAGACUCUAGGGCUUUCUACCUUGGUGGGACCGUCUCAUGGGUUGCGCCCGCGGAUCUUACCGGAAUCGUGCAGUACCAUGUUCGGUUGAACUGGGAUCUAUCUGACACAGUGGUCAAGACUCAGCUCUUUGAUGCGACGCUUCCCAUGCCGUGCUUAUGUGUCUUGGACCCGACCACCAGUUGGGUGUUUGGAGCCGUUGAAAAGAGGAGCGCUGAUGGCACCGACCUUGCUACCUAUCCGGCAGACCAAUAUCCUGCGCAAUGGCUAUUUGUUUUGUCUGCGGGCGCUUCUCCAGUUGGCCAAAUGGCAGCUGGUGUUCCAAUACAGACAGUGUCAGAAGCUGCUCACAUGCGACUGAUCGAUCUUCAAAGCACCGAGCUGCCAACUAGCAUCCAGCUCGAGACAUUGAUCUUUACGGAUCAGACAAACCCGGCCAAUACUGGGACGCACGUGGAAGGGAUCUUGGACUGGACUACUACUGGACCUGAUUACCCCAAAGUGUACGAGGACUGGGCACUCGCAGAUGAGUUCGAAGUCUUUUUGGCCGAGGCUGGCAGCCUCAGUGGGACGCUCUCAAGGUCUUUGGGCACUGUGACGAUUGGUACUGCAGCUGGGGUGACCACAUGGCAGUUGACCAUUCCAGAGACAUUGCUCAGCGGUGCCAAUGCCUUGGUGGUCAAGGCAAAAAACUCCGUUGGUCAGGCCCCUCUAAGCGGAGCGCAGAGCGAGGUCUAUUUGCUGCCAACCACUACCUCCACUUCAGUCACCAGCACAACGACGGUCCUGUAUUCCCUGGCGGGCACGUCAGUCACCUUUUCGGAUAGCGACCCCACUCCGGUAGUCAUUUCAGGGUCGAUCGGAUGGCAGACACCUCUGAGCACCGCUGAGAUCACGGCGUACGCAAUCUACAUGUCGUACGACACUGCUGGUAGCCAAAAGCGGCUGAUAACUGAUUCGGUGGUCCCACCAGCGGCCAGCCACUCGAUCUCUGGCUUGACCAGAGAGACGGAUGAUCCUUCUUUCCCGGCCAAUUGGAUUAUUGUCUAUCCAAUGGUCCAGGGUAGUCUAGGACCCGUCAGCGUGGCUGCGUAUGUGGAGCUGUAUGAUGACAGCGGCUCUGCGCCCUCAGCUCCUGCUUUCAGCUCCGUUGACUUUACGGACGAGGAUGCACAAGGGGGAUAUGCAAGUGGAACAGUCAGGUGGGUACUGGACGGCAACGCUGAUCUUGCCUACACAACUGAGUAUGUGGUAUACAUAGCAGCUGAUCAGGCUGGCACCGGUGCAGUGCCGUUUGGAGAUCCUGUACCAGUGGGUACCAAUGAAGUGACGGUCAUAGAUGCAGGUCCUGGCAGCGGUGUCUAUAUCGAUGCCAAUUAUCAUGUCAUGAUUUAUGCCCGCAACUCUCAUGGUAGCGAAGCAGGAUACAUCGGCACACCUGCUGUCACAUCGUUACUAUUCAACGAUGUGGGCUCUUCUACUAGUACCAGCGCCACGGCAACUGAAACUUCAACAAGUACAGUGUCAUCGACAGGAACAUCUCUGACCACAAGUACUUCACUCACGAUAUCAUCAACUUCUGUAACAACCUCAAGCACUACCGUCACCUUGACCAGCAUGACUACAAGCUCCACUACUGAGACUUCACUUACAUCCAACACACUCACAACGCACACUACCACUUCAUCAGUAUCAUCCACUACCACAGCAACCUUUACCACGACUUCCAUUACAACAACCUCUACUUCAAUCACUGGAACUACACUAACAACUACUUCAACGAGUUUGACUGGCACCACCUCAACAAGCAGCUCUGUCACCACAACUUCAUCAAGCACCUCAGAGACUGAAACAUCUACUUCUCACACAACGAGCUCAACUUCUACAAUUUCUACCUCUACGCAGACUACGAAAACUGCAACAACUUCGUCAACAUCAACUUCUUGGACAACAAGUGCAACAUGGACUGGCACUACUUCUACAGCCACAACUUUCACGACCAGCUCUUCAUCAACUACCAGCAGUACAAGUACAAGCACCUCCACCACAAGCACAUCCACUACGAGCAUGACACUUACAAGUACCACUUCAGUGACGAGCAGUACAACUCGCACAGCCACUCCAGAGGAGCUUGCCAUUGCAGCGGCGGCUACUGCUUUGCAGGCUGCGCUCAGCAACAGCGUUGCGCAAGAGGAGGCAGCGAGGCAGGCAGCUCAAGCACUUGGACGCGUCUACACUGUGAUGCUUCCAUACAACGAAAGCCAAACACCUGCGGAACAGGCAGCAGUUGCUGCAGCUGCUGCAGAUGCCUUGGCGGAACAGCAGAGCAUGACCUUGGAGCAACAAGCGGUGGCAGCAGCACAGGCUGCCCUUACUUCAGGAAACAGAAGCGGAAUGACCCAAGAAGAGGUCGCUGCUGCCAUUGUGGCCGCCUCUGCUGCUGCUGUGGCGGAUAGCUCGGGUAGUGCUGCCACGCUGGAGGAUGCAACAACAGCUGGUCUGGCUGCUGCAUAUAUCGGGCAGAUUGCCGGCAUGGACGCAGCAACACAGGCUGUAUUAGCAGGUCAGGCUGCGACCUUGGCAGGUGGUUCCUCUUCUGGAGGUGGACAGACUGCAGGCAUCCGAGCAAGCGGUGCGGCUGCGCUGGCGGCAGCGCAAAGAGAGAAUGCCAAUGCGACAGUGGCAGAGCUCGCUGCCCUGGCAGCUCAAGCAGCGGCGGACACCGCCGUGGCUCUGGGCUUGACCCCGAUGCAGGUGGCGGAGGCGGCUGCAAUGGUGGCUGCCGAAACUGCAGCUACUUUGAGUGCCACAGCGGCUGAACAGGCAGCUGCUGCAGCAGCAUCGGCUGCGGCAAUUGGCCUGCAGAGAGGGCUCACACCGGAGGAAAGCUGCUUCGCUGGGGCAAAUGGAGCUGGAGAAACAGCGCAGCGUAUUUCCGCCACCGCCGGCGAUGCUGCGCUGGUUCAGGCAGGGGCCGCGGGAGAAGCUGCAGCUGCUGCUGCGGCCUCCUGUGGACUAAGCCCUGAGCAGCAGGCGAGAGCUGCCGCCGCCGCAGCCCAGGCUGCGGCUCAGGAGGCAUCGCUUUCCGCGACAGACCAGAUAAGCGCCGCUGCCGCUGCUGCUUCAAGUGCUGCAACACUGGCAGGCUUGGAUACGACAACGACAGCAGAGGUGGUUGCUGCAGCCCAUGGUGCAGCUGCUGCCGGCAUCGCGGCUGCUGCGGGUGAAAGCCUUGAUGCACAAGUUGCGGCUGCGGCUCAGGCCGCAUUUGAUGAGGCGAUGGCAUCAGGCCUUUUGGACACAGAGCAAGUGCUUGCGUCGGGCGCUGCAGCUGCUGCUGCGGUAUUUGAAGACCAGGUUCUGAUGUACGACCUCCCUGCAAAUUGCUCAGAUGGCACUGCAUGCACGGGCAACACGUGUUGCUCAUCAGGUGGUACCUGCCCGUCAGCUCAUCCUGCGUUUGAAGAUUGUGGUAAUGACCAUGCUUUAGCGUUGGCACAGCAACAAAUAGAUGCUGCCGCUCAAUGGUCAGGACAACUUGCAGGACAGUCAGGCAUGGCAGCAGACCAACAGUCUGACCUGUCUUCCUUAUCAGCAGGAGAGGCAGCAGCAGAAGCUUCCCGCGAGCGAGGUGACAAUUGUACAGAACAAGCCACCGCAGCGGGGUUGGCUGCUGCACAGAUAGCCGCCAAUGCCAAUGUCACAGCUAUGAGACAAGCAGAAUUGGCUGGAGCAGCUGCUGCUGCUGCAGCUGCAGAGUCCAGUGCCAAGAAUGGCCAGCUUGUGCUUUCGUCCAACUGUUCUUCAACGCAAGGUCAAAUAGAUGCUGCUGCUCGACUGGCUAAGUUGAUUGGGAUUCAAGUUGGCUUGACUGAGCCAGAGAUUCAAGCCGUGGUAAUUCUAGCAAUACGUGAGGCGGAAUGGGAAGCCACACAUCCAAGCAAUAGAACAACCACAGGGACAUCGACAUCGUCGACCUUCACAUCAACAACUACCCUUCCGGUUGUGAUGUGUUUGGAUGAGCCGAACUGCAGCAGCUACAUGCUUCACGGCCAGCGAUGUGUAGCAAACUGCAGUGAUCUCGUUUAUGGCUAUCGGACGUGCAUUGUGACUUCCAGUUCAACCAGGUACAUUGGAGAGUCCUUUUGCAUAGAUGAAAAUAGCCCUGCAGUCGACAACGAGGAACAGGACUUUGUGUUGGGUAGUGUCACCAUUCUGGUGAAUUCCACAACACCCGUGACAGCAGAGAAGGCCAAAGAGGCUUUGGCAAAUUUGAUGGGUAUCAACCCAGCACAAAUUGAGGAGCUGAAUGCCUCGGAGGUUCAAACAGCCUCUGGUGCCACCACCUUUGCUGUCGAUUAUGUCAUCAAAGUGUGGAGUCUGGAAGAGGCUCAGCAAGCAGAUUCGACUGCGACAGAGGCUCAAAGCACGGGCACCAUCCUUGGCUUUUCAUUCGCUUUGAGGGCUGAGGGCUCGCAAGAGCAAGUCGCCUUUACCAAUCUAUUGGAGGCUCAGCAGGUGGACGUGGUGUCUCUGGCUUCAUCGGUCGUCGUGCCCACAAUCCUGACCGUCACCACCAUCACCGAAAAGGAUCCUCCAGGCGGAGGUUCAGAAAGUCAGAUUGGUACCAGUAGCCUAGGUGUGGCAAUCACAGUGCUGGUAUUGCUCUGCUGCGCGGGGAUAUUCGUCUUCCUCGUCGUUUGCUGUAGCAAGAUACAGAAAGUGAGAUUGAUACAGGCCAAGGCAGAGAAGGAGGUGAAGGACGAGGUUGCUCGAGUCCAGGAAAUGCAAGAUAAUUUCGACAUGGUCCGCACCAAGAUCAGUGUGAUGCUGCCCAAGCUCGAACCCGGGCAUGGGCCAGUUGUUGGUCGUAUUCAACACGUAAUGGAGGAGAACGACUUUGAGCCUGUGGAUGACAUGUUGCCUGAUGAACGAGAAGUGGUGCAAGUAGCACAUCGUGGAAGUUUUCGAGACUUUACACAGGACGCCUUCACUCUUGACAUUCGAGAUGAGGCGCUGUCCCCUGAAGACAGAAAUGCAGUAGCGCAGAUCACCGGCAGAAGAAAGAGCCAAACCGAGCAAAGUCUUCGUCGCCUAGGUUUAGAUGAAGCCCAGCUGAAAGAUGAGAUAAGGCCUAUGGAUCCGACGCGGUCAAUGAACUCCGUGGCUGUGCCGGACGACCUGGGUGGCCUCGAAGUGCCUUCCAUCAAGCCAUCUCCAACAGUGACCAACUACAUGAGUUUCAGCCAAUCUCGGGCCUUGGAGGCGGGCUUUGAUGCUGGCUAGUUUUCUCGGUGCAAUUGCACAAAAAAAAGAGCAGUGCCACGGGCUGAUCCAAAGUAGUGAUCGCCGAAGGACCGCCAAAGUUUCAAACCAGAU